AUACAACAUUCGUCUUCUGCUAAAUUUGAAUCGCGUUGUCUGGAAACGACUGAUUGAAAGGUAGACGGAACAUAUCUCAACUCAAGUUAUAAACUGAAUGAAAUUUAAGGUGCCAGAAUGACAACAGUUAUUCGAAAGGAUGAUACCCGGCCAAAAGACGUAAUUCCUGAUGUUAUUGCUGACCAAUCGUCUGGAAAGCGCUAUUUGAAAGGUCGUUUUCUUGGGAAGGGAGGCUUUGCAAAAUGCUUCGAACUUACAGACGUGGACACAAAAGAAAUAUUUGCUGGCAAAAUUGUCUCCAAGUCUCUUCUUGUAAAGCAGCACCAGAAAGAUAAGAUGUCCCAGGAGAUUGCCAUUCAUCGCAGUCUUAAUCAUAAACACAUUGUCCAGUUUCAUAGCUUCUUUGAAGAUACAGAUAAUGUGUACAUUUUACUGGAACUUUGCAGACGGCGAUCACUUAUGGAGCUUCAUAAGCGACGUAAGGCUGUGACAGAACCGGAGGCCCGAUACUUUGUACGCCAGGUUAUCCUUGCAUGCCAGUAUUUGCACAACAAUAAAGUCAUUCACCGUGACCUCAAGUUGGGUAACCUUUUCAUCAAUGAUGACAUGGAUGUGAAAAUAGGAGAUUUUGGUCUGGCAACAAGGCUAGACUAUGAUGGAGAGCGUAAAAGGACACUAUGUGGUACUCCAAAUUACAUUGCUCCAGAAGUUCUUGGCAAGAAAGGACACAGUUUUGAAGUGGAUGUCUGGUCAAUGGGUUGUAUAGUAUAUACGCUGCUGGUUGGGAAACCCCCAUUUGAGACCUCAUGUCUUAAAGACACCUAUACCCGCAUUAAGAAAAACGAAUAUCACAUCCCUUCCAAGAUUUCUGUGCAAGCUCGUAACCUUAUCACUAAACUCUUGCGGGCUGACCCUUCACAGCGCCCUGGCAUGGACCAGAUCAUAGAAGACGAAUUCUUCACUUCGGGCUAUCUUCCUCCCAGACUGCCUACAAGCUGCUUGACCAUGGCACCACACUUUGACACACUGAUGGCCAAGACUGACUUAGUCACACGCAAACCCCUUCUAGAUGUUAAUGAUGGACUUCAAAGACCACACACAGCAGAAGUGAUGAAACAAGAAAUUGAGAAAAAAAUAAAAAAAGACCAAGAACCAGCUGAAGCUGCCCCUAAACCUGAUGCUGGUCACAGGGCUGGGGAUGAGCCCAUGGACUACUGGCUAUCAGAUCUGUGUAGCCAGCUGUCAGCUGUGGUAGCUUCCAAACCAGGGGAAAGGAUGGCUUCUCAGAUAGAAGAGGCAGAGGACCCAGCUUGUAUACCCAUCUACUGGGUCAGCAAGUGGGUGGACUAUUCAGACAAAUAUGGACUUGGCUACCAGCUGUGUGACAACAGUGUUGGGGUCCUUUUUAAUGACUCUACAAGACUUAUCCUUCUUGCUAAUGCUGAAAACAUCCAUUACAUAGAGCGCGAUGGGCAAGAGCACUACCACACCCUCAAGUCUUUCCCAGAAACACUUAACAAGAAAGUAACCCUCCUCAAGUACUUCCGCAAUUACAUGAAUGAGCAUCUGUUGAAGGCAGGAGCAAACAUGAUACCCAGAGAAUCGGAUGAGAUUUCUCGACUUCCAUUCUUGCGUACAUGGUUUCGCACACGCAGUGCUAUUGUUUUGCAUCUAAGCAAUGGAACCCUUCAAAUAAACUUUUUCCAAGACCACACCAAGAUCAUCCUCUGUCCACUUAUGGCUGCUGUCACAUACAUUGAUGAAAAACGUGACUUCCGCACCUACCGCUUAAACCUUGUGGAUCAGUAUGGCUGUACAAAAGAUUUGGCUAGUCGUCUCCGAUAUGCCCGCACCAUGGUAGAACGGCUUCUCACAUCUAAAUCUGGAUCAGGUCGUGCCAAGUCUGCUUCUUAAUGCACAGACUGCCUUGAAAGUCUCACUGUGUACUUUUGUGGUUAGCCCAAGCAGAUUGAAGUGGAUCGUUGGUGCCUCUUGUAGUUCUUUACUGCACAACUGUAAUAUGGAUAACUGUAGAUAAUGGGUUCAGCAACUUUUAAGUAAAUGUACUGUGGAUCUAUUGUGAUUUGAACUUUUUUCCCAGAGGGCUGUAAAAUUACCAAGUUGUAGGAAGUACAUUGAAUUAUUACUUGCACACAUCACUUAGUCUGCCCAACUGCAUAAUUUGUUGGGCAUCUUGGGAUUGGUUUUGGCUGCUGCUGUGUAAAGGUCCUCCAAGCAGCAAGAAAUUCUGUUUGGGGAAACCAGGAAUAGUUAAAGCAAACCAAACAUUUAGUGCAGAAGAGGAUUUUUCCACCCCGACGAGUGCAAUGCUUUUUUUUUUUUUUUUUUUUUUUUUUUGUAAUGGAGUUAGGGAGUAUUCUGUGCACACCAAUUCAAGCUGCUGAUUUGCAAAGGUUUUGUGGGAAGGUCCAAAAAUAUUGAAGGAUUUGUGAUUCUUACUUUUCAAAUGUAGAACCAGAGAAUUCAAGCCAGUACUAAUUGGGUAUAGCUUUCUUAGACUGUUAACGCUGAUUUAUCUUGAUUACCUAACCUGAUUGAAAAGAAUUGUAUUUAUCUUCUUGAAUAGCAUCUUUAACCUGGACGAUUACGUACUGUGAAUGUAUGUGUGUGCAUCUUGCUUAUCCAACUGACAGGAUCUGUUUGCAUUCAAGCAUCUGGUUCAGUAGCUAAUGGUAGCAUCAACAUGCACAAAUUUCCCUUGUAUGUGAUCCUUUUUUAAGUUGCCUUUCUUGUUUGCCAAAAGUACAUCGCUGAAGUUUGCUAUGAAGUCCAAACUUUCAUCAGCUUAUAAUAGGCAAGUCACGGUACAAAGCAAGUGAUGUUUAUAUUGUGUUGGCUGUCUGUCAAAGAUGAGGAUUUCCUUAAAGCUGGAUCCGUACUUUGAGAUGUGGUGGUGGUACUUUCUUGUGUUUCUGUAUGCUUCAUGCAAGGCUUAUGAUGAGUUGACCAAAUGCAUCAUUUUUUGACUGCAUGAAAAUGUGUAUGGAGUGGAUAAUGAACUUUGUGACAACCGUCAGAAAUAUGUACAAUAAUCACUUGUUCAUAUUAACUGCAUUCACAUGCACACAUGCCAUGUUUGUUCCUAAUCAUGACCAAGAAAAUCAUAUUGAUUGUUUUAUGUGGCAUGAUAUAUGAAUGACAUUGCUACAUGCAAGAGUGAAAACAUGUAAGGAUCUUAGCUGUUACCUUUGUGAGAAUGCAUAUUGCCUGGAAGGUUUUGGACUUUGUCAAUAGUUAGAUAUUACUGCUCUACUACUUUUUGUACAUAUAUUCCACACAAAGUGUUCACCAGGAUGUGGCAGAUAUUUUCUAACAGCAGUAGACAACCUUCAGGCCAAGUGUGACUUGUCUCCUGUGUCAGCUGUGCUCUGGAGUAUUUAUACAUGUAUGCUUACAUGUAUCCUUGAAGGUAACAGAUAGUUCAUGAAAAAAUGAAAUAAAGUUUUAUCUUGGUU